AUGUGGGCUCAUACAAGGAAUGGUCAGUUCAUUAUAAAAUCGGCUUAUAGAAUAUUUGUUAAUGAUAAUGUUUCGUCGGAGGUCUCUGUUUUCUGGAAAAAAGUAUGGGGUAUUAAUUGUUUACCGAAAAUCAAAUUCUUUAUGUGGAAGAUCUUUGAUAACAUGUUGCAUGUUAAUUCUCUGCUUCAUCUGUAUAAUCCUGAUGUUAACUCAUAUUGUCCCCUCUGUAGCAACCAUGAAGAAACUGUCAUGCAUCUGUUUGUUAACUAUCCUAUAGCUGCUCAUAUUUGGUUUGGUCUUUCUAUUCAACGUCUGAUAUUAUCUGAUUCUGAUUGGAUUGAUGAUUUGUUUCUAUAUUGGCAUAAUCCUGACUUGCCUGAAUCUCCAUAUAAUGUUUCUUGGCCUUCAGUUGCUGCAAUUGUUUUUUGGUGCAUUUGGAAACUGAGAUGCGAUGUUCUCUUUAGACAAAUCUCGAUUGACCUGUCUCGAGUUAUUUUGGACAUUAAGAGAAUGAUUAACUCCUAUAUUGAUCCUCUGAAAAAUAAUCAUGCUUCUGUUUCUUUUAUGGUUUCUAAAUCCCCAUCUGCUGAAGUGGAUCAUUUCAUGUUUGUGGAUGGAUCUUUCAAAUAUUUUAACAUGGGUCUUGGUGUAAUCUGGUGUGAUUAUGCAGGAAAUGUAAGAAGUUCGAGAGAUGAUUUUGGUCUAGUUCUAGAUGCGGUGGGUGCUGAAGCUGCUGCUCUGAUUUUGGCAAUCUCUUGGGCAGAAGAGUUGAACCUUUCCAAAGUCGUUUUCGUUAGUGACUGUCUCCAAUUGGUGCAGUUUGUAAAUGGAGUCAGUCGUAUUAUAGAUUGGCGGAGUGGUGAUCUUCUUGAACAAUGUCGUAGUUUAUUAUCUAAGUUUACUUCCUUUAAGUCUGUGUAUGUUAAGCGUCUUAAUAAUCCUUUUGCUGAUCGACUUGCACGUCGAGCCAGAAAAGAUAGUUUGAAGGAUAUCUGGGUCUCCUUUCCCUCUUUUUUGAACUCUCUAUUUGGGAAGAAGAACUUGAAUGUUGUUUGUAAUUCUCUCAUUUGUUAA